UGGACAUGGUCAUAAACCAAGGAGAAACCUCGUCCUCGUUCAGGCAUCACCAAUCGAGCUGAACUGCUCCCUCAUAUCUUCCAGACUUCCACCGAAACGGUUGGAAUCAUAACAUCGUCGCACCGAGUGGUCAUGACGUGGCAACGACUCAUCAAAUUCCGAGCUCCCCAGGGACAAACGCACUAUGGUGACCCGAUCAUCAAUCACGCAGAUGAACUGCUGCAGAAGCUUGAGGCCAAGACCUUAAAAGCGAAGGUUUUCGAGGGCAGCAGUAUACCCGCUUUGAAACCGACGGGCACCGAAGUUGAGGUCGCGGAACUCAUAGGACCUUUGACUCCGGCAGAUGUGCCCAUCGUCAAAUGCAUCGGCCUGAACUACAUGAAACACAUCAAAGAGGCAGGCCGCACGCCUCCGCCGUACCCUUCGAUCUUCAUCAAGGGAGCCCCCAGCAUCGCUUCAUGGAACGAGGACAUUCCAAUCCACCCAAUCAUACAAAAGCCUGACAUGUUGGACUAUGAAGGCGAAAUGUGCAUUCUCAUCGGCAAAGACGCAAAGAACGUGCCGCGCGAGAAGGCCCUGGACUACAUUGCAGGCUACAUGGUCGGCAACGACAUCAGCGCGCGAUCCUGGCAACGCGACCCUAAAUUCGCCGGCAAUGUUCCUCAAUGGUGCUUUGCGAAAGGGUUCGACAAGUUCGCUCCCGUCGGACCCAUGCUCGUCUCUCCUUCCGUCGUGGGCCUCGCCGAGAACUUGCGCCUUCAAACGUUGGUCAACGGCGAGAUGCGCCAGGACACCAACACGGACGACCUGAUCUUCUCGGUAGCAGACAUUGUGAGCUUCAGCAGCCAGGGGACGACACUGCAGGAGGGCACUGUCAUCAUGACCGGCACCCCUUCAGGUGUGGCCUUGGGCAUGGACCCACCUGGGUGGCUGAAGGACGGCGAUGUGGUCGAGGUCAAGAUCGAGCAGCUUGGCUCCAUCCGCAAUCGGAUGGUCUGGGAACACGGCUCCAUGGUUUGGCAAAAGCCUUCAUGACGGCUUUUGGGAUUCAUUGACCUGCUUGAACUCCAGUUUUGCGAUCGUGGAAGAUGACGCGGAGAGCAGACACGAAUACCUCGGAAACCCCUCGGAUAAUUCAGGGUGAUAGAUAGACGUAGACCAAAAUCAACCUGCU